AUGAUUCGAGCAGUUAGUGGAGAUAAACCAAAACAGUGGGAUGUUGCCCUUCCACAAAUUGAAUUUGCUUUUAACAGUAUGCUUAAUCGAUCUACCAUGAAGCCUCCUUUUGAAGUUGUUUACACCAAUGUUCUAAGGCACACAGUAGAUUUGAUUCGACUUCCUAAUGUCAAUUCUAAUGCAGAAGAGUUUGCUGAACGUAUUCAAAGAAUUCAUCAAGAGGUAAAACAAAAUUUAGAAGAUGCUAAUAUCCGUUACAAGACUGCUGUCGACCAACAAAGGCGCCUUAAACUAUUAAACGAAGGUGAUUUAGUGAUGGUCUAUCUCAGAAAAAAUCAUUUUCCUGUUGGCACUUACAAUAAGCUUAAAGAUAAGAAGAUUCGUCCUUUUCGCAUUCUUCAAAAGAUUGGUGUACUGCUUAGAAAGUUGAUCUUCCAUCAGAUGCGAACAUUUUCAACACUUUUAAUGUUGCUGAUAUCUAUGAAUACUUUCCUCCACAUGAAUUUUCCUUGCAAAUACAAAACUCUCCUUCAAGUGAAGGGGAUUGAUGUUAAAGCCCGGAAACGGCUUUCAACUACUGUUCUUCAUGAAAGGGUGAAAGUUCUAGAUGACCAUCAAACUGGUAAUGUGUUUCAGGGAUUUAAGCCUCUUGCUUCCGCUGCAGAACUGUCAAAAGCUUCCAGAGCAAAAAGGUUGCUUCGGAAGAAGGCUACAAUAAAGGAAGAGAAAAAAGCUGCAGCUUUGGCUGCUGGGAUUGAUUGGAAGAGUGAUGAUUCAGAUGAUGAGUGUCCCCAAGAUUUGCGCGAGCCUCCGUUGCCGGUUCUUCUAAAAAAUGAAGAGCACCAUCAUCUGAUCAUAGAUUUAUGCAAGUCCUUGUCAGCCUUGCAAAGGUAUUGGGAUGCUUUACAGAUCAUCAACCUGUGUUUGAAACUGGCAUGCAACACAUUGUCUCCUGAAAGGAAGGAGGAUCUUCGAACUCUUGGAGCUCAAGUAGCAUAUAACAUUUCAGAUCCUGCACAUGGGUGGGAUUGUGUGCGUUACAUUGUGAGUCGGCAUCCUUACAGCUUUUCUGCCUGGAAUUGCUACUACAAAGUUAUGUCGAGAAUGGAUAAUCGGUAUUCAAAGCACAACAAAUUUUUACACAACAUGCGAGUUAAGCACAAAGAUUCUGUGCCACCAAUUAUGAUUUCUGCGCAUAUGUUUACCAUGAUAAGUCAGCAUCAGGCUGCUGCUCGAGAAUAUCUGGAAGCCUAUAGACUUAUGCCAGACAGUCCCUUGAUCAAUCUUUGUGUGGGAACUUCCUUAAUAAAUUUAGCCCUUGGGCUCAGACUUCAAAACAAGCAUCAGUGUAUGGCACAAGGACUUGCAUUCCUGUUUAAUAAUUUCCGACUUUGUGACAACAGCCAGGAAGCAUUAUAUAACAUUGCUCGGGCAUAUCAUCAUAUUGGUCUAGUUUCUUUGGCUACCACAUACUAUGAGAAGGUAUUGGCGAUGCCUGAGAAGGAUUAUCCCAUCCCAAAACUUCCAAAUGAGAAUCAGGAUCCUAUGGAUUAUAAAAGGCCAGGCUACUGUGAUCUUCGUAGGGAAGCAGCUUACAAUUUACACUUAAUCUAUAAGAAAAGUGGAGCAUUUGAUCUUGCUAGGCAGGUCUUGAAAGAUUAUCUCACCUUUUGAUAUGUACAAUUUAUGUGGCCGAAGUUAAAUUUUUUCAAUAUACCGUACUGAAAUUUUGUUGGGAAAAUAUGCAUUUUUUGCAAAACAGGUCUGAAAUCUUCAAUUAAUGGCAUUCAGAUCCCUAAUCUUCAAUGUAUACACUGUUUUCCCCUACUACAGUUAUAUAUAUACGCAGCAUUAUGUUGUGAUCCAUUAAC